AUGGAGUUUUCGGAGCACAUAAAAACAGCAAAUGUGGAGGAUGUGGUUCUGCGUCAGCCGCUGCAGCCUCCGCGCAGAGGAGCGCUCUGCAUCACCGCGCACCACCUGCUCUUCUCGGACAGAGAGCAGAGCUGCAGCCCGCUCCUUCUGCUCCUCAGGAACAUCGAUGCAAUAGAAAAGAGGGGAGGCUCUUCAGGCACUAUCACACUCAAAUGCAAGGACCUGUGCGUGCUCCAGAUUGACAUCCCAGGCAUGGAGCAGUGUCUCAACAUUGCCCAGUCAAUCGAGACCCUGUCCAAUCUUGACAGUGUGUCUGACAUGUUUCCAUUCUUUUAUACACCUCCUGAUCAGAGCUCGGACAGGCAGUGGGGACUUUCAACCCCUGAAAAAUUCUUCAGAGCGAACAAAGAACUCGUUUCUCAAUGGAGACUGAGUACUGUUAACAAAGAUUAUUCAGUUUGUCCUUCCUACCCGCCUUCGGUCAUCGUGCCCAGAAGUAUAGAUGAUGAAACACUUAAAAAAGUAGCUAAAUUCAGACAAGGAGGUCGUUUCCCUGUUCUGUGCUACUAUCAUCGAAAAAAUGGAAUGGUUAUAAUGCACAGUAGUCAGCCUUUGACGGGGGCCACUAGGAAACGCUGUGGGGAAGAUGAGUGUCUUCUGCAGGCUGUGAUUGAAGAUUCAGACAAAGGAUACAUCAUCGACACCCGCUCCAGUCAGCAAGCUCAACAAGCACGGAUGACAGGGGGGGGAUUUGAACCUAAGUCAUGUUAUAGCAGCUGGAGGAGACUGCAUAGACACAUGGAGAAGGGUAAAGCAUUGCAAGAAAGUCUUAUUAAAAUGGUGGAGGCCUGUGGAGAUGAAUCACAUAAUAUGGACCGUUGGCUGAGUAAACUUGAGAAUUCAAAGUGGCUCUCACAUGUCCAAACAGCUCUGUCCACUGCUGGUCUGGUAGCGGAGUGUGUUGAGAGGGAUGGCCAUUCGGUUCUUAUUCAUGGGUCUGAAGGCAGAGAUUCUUCUUUGCUCAUCAGUACAUUGGCCCAACUCAUAAUGGACCCAAGCUGUCGAAGUUUGGAGGGCUUCCUGUGUCUACUGGAGAGAGAAUGGGUGCAGGCUGGGCAUCCUUUCCAACUGCGGUGCGCACACUCAGCAUACUCACAUGGCCGUCUGCAGCAGGAGGCUCCAGUCUUUCUGCUGCUGCUGGACUGUGUGUGGCAGCUGUGGAGACAGUUCCCCCUGGCACUGGGUUUCUCUGAGUGCCUGUUACUGAAACUUGCAACGGAGGCAUAUGCCUCUGACUAUGGCACUUUCCUAUGUAACAAUGAACAGGAAAGGUCUACUCUUAGACUAAAGGAGAAGACCUACUGUUUAUUCCAAGCUCUUUUAAAUCCAAUGGAGAGAGAGAUUUAUAGUAACCCCCUGUAUGAGAGGACGGAAUUGGCAAUUUGGCCUUCAGUUCAUCCACAGGCCUUACAGCUGUGGAGAGGGUUUUUCUUAAGAUGGACUUCACAGAAUCGGCUUCUUGAAGAUACUCAAGAGGAAAUAAGAAACAUGGCAAAGGAGUUCUUCAGGCAGUUGAGCAGCUGGAGUAAGCCGGACAACAACAGUGGCCCGCUGCCUCAGGAAAAACCCAGAGUCCUGAUCACAGGUGGUCUGGGACAGUUGGGCCUGGGGCUGGCAGAGAUGCUGAGAAAACAAUAUGGCACCGAUAAUGUAAUUCUGUCCGAUAUUAAGAAGCCACCUCCACAUGUAUUUCGCAGCGGUCCAUUUGUGUAUGCUGAUAUUCUGGACUACAAGCACCUUCGAGAACUGAUAAUAAACAACCAGAUCACUUGGCUGGUUCAUUAUAGUGCUCUGCUUAGUGCUGUGGGCGAGACAAAUGUGGCAUUGGCUCGUAAAAUAAACAUUACAGGUCUUCACAAUGUGUUGGACCUGGCUCUGGAGAACUGUCUUCGCCUCUUCGUUCCCAGCACCAUAGGAGCAUUUGGUCCUUCCUCACCCCGCGAUCCAGUUCCUGACCUUUGUGUCCAAAGGCCUCGGACAAUAUAUGGGGUUUCAAAAGUUCACGGAGAACUAAUGGGAGAGUAUCUGCAUCAUAAACAUGGGUUGGACUUUCGCUGCCUGCGGUAUCCAGGUGUGAUUUCUGUUAAUACACCACCUGGUGGAGGAACAACAGAUUAUGCCGUUCAGAUCUUUCAUGAUGCUCUCAGUACGGGUCAUCAUGAGUGUUACCUUCGUCCAGACACUCGUCUUCCCAUGAUGCACAUCUCAGACUGUCAUCGAGCGACAGUGGAGUUCAUGCAGGCACCAGAGUGCCAGCUUUCUUUACGCACUUAUAACAUCGCAGCAAUGAGCUUCACCCCAGAAGAAGUGGCACAGGAAAUACGCAAACAUCUACCACAACUCAAACGCCGUCCCAUAUCGACAUCUUCUGCAAUGGACGCGGGGUUUUUCCGCGGCACAAGUGCUGAGCAAGAUAAUCGUUUCAGCAACAAGCACAAAAAACUCCUGAAGCAGCUGAAAUUUGCAGAAUGUCUUGACAAGAAGGUGGAUAUGACCAAAGUGAACUUGGAAGUCGUCAAACCUUGGAUUACACAUCAAGUGACUGAAAUACUGGGAUUUGAAGAUGAUGUCGUCAUUGAGUUUAUUUUUAAUCAACUCGAGGAGAAGCACCCAGAUGCCAAAAUGAUGCAGAUCAACCUGACAGGGUUCCUGAAUGGGAAGAAUGCUCGAGAGUUUAUGAAGGACUUGUGGCCUCUGCUGCUUAGUGCUCAAGAAAACAUAGCUGGAAUCCCUUCUGCUUUCCUAGAACAAAAGAAAGAAGAAAUUAGACUAAGACAGCUGGAACAGGAGAAGCUGUCUUCUCUUAAGAAGGGCGAUGAAGACCGAAAAGAAAAAGACAUUGCCCCGCCAAGGAGCCCAAGAAGGAGAAAAACGAGGUCACCAUCACCUCGACGAAGGUCUCCCGUGAAACGCGAGAGGAAACGCAGCCCGUCACGCUCACCAAGACCAAGACAGAGCCCGCCGCCUAUGGUCGCCUCUCCUCCACCAAUAUCCACCACAGAACCUGAGCCAGAGCCAGACACAUCUGGAGGUCUACCAGAACCAGUUGUUCAAGAAGCCUCUUCCACAAGUGAUGUAGCCACAGAAGUAGUAAAUGUUGAAUCUGUGACUGAAGUUAAGGAACCGUCUCCAGAGAAGAUUCAAAAGAAGGAAGAACGACCAAAGUCUCGUGAAAGAGAGAAGGAUGGGAGGAGGGACAGACCACACCAUCGUUCCCGCUCUCAUUCUCGCACAAGGAGACGCCGCUCUCGUUCCAGGUCCUUUUCUCCACGUAGAAGGCCAAGCCCCAGAAGAAGAAUGUCUCCUCGUAGAAGAAGCCCCCCUAGACGGGGGCCCCCGAGCUCGAGGCACAGACGUAGACGUUCUCCUGUUCGAAGGAGGCGCUCUCGAUCUGCAUCAUCGUCUGGCAGCAGUUCAUCUGGUUCCCCUAGAAAAGCAAUCAGAAAAAGAAUAUCAACCUCACCGCCGCGAAAAUUGAUGAAUCACCCGGGCAGAUCUGCCAGUCCUGCUGGUAAAGGCCAAAGACCUUCCUCUCCAAUGAGAAGACGGCUGCGUGGCUCCAUGACUCCCCCCAGGUCCUCUGGGUUCAAACCAGGAGCACGAAGCGAUUCUCCAUCUGAUAAUGUCAAGCACAGACCAUCUGAACCUUCCGAAUCAGAGGACGAUAAAAAUGACAAGGGAGCAACCGCAGAUUCAGUUCAACAGAGGCGACAGUAUCGUAGACAGAAUCGUCAGUCUUCCUCAGAUACAGGUUCAUCGUCAUCAGAAGAUGAGAGUCCAAAGAGGCCCACUGCCAAACCUGCUGCUCGAAAUGGAGAUGUCAGAAAAAGACGAAGUCGUACACCUUCCCCACGAAGACGGCAUCGUGAUCCCUCACCAAGAAAGAGGCAAAGUCAAUCCCCCACUGGACGACGACGCCCGUCUCCACCCAGACGCCGCCGGUCACAGUCUCCGAGGCGAAGGUCGCCAUCUCCUCCUCAAAGAAGACGCUCUCCUUCCCCUCGACGUUACUCUCCUCCUAUUCAGCGUCGCUAUAGUCCAUCACCUUUGCCCCCCCAAAAGAGAAAACUGUCUAGUUCUCCCAGGCGCCCUUCUCCUGGGGCCAAGCGCAGACCAUCAAGGUCCCCUAAACGAAGGGGAUCUCCAGCCCAAAGGCGGCGCACCCCUCCUUCAUCCUCCUCUCCUCCCAGGCAAAGGAGGAGUCCAGCUCAUCAGUCCAGUCGAUCUAAAAAGGAGGGUCGUCCUUCUCCAUCUCCAGCAAACCGUGGUCGCAAUCCUCGCGGCUCUGCGAGUCCUCAAGCUCGUUUUGAAUCCUCUCCAUCCUAUCGAAAGCGUAGAUCUCCAAAUAACAAAGCAAUCCGAAGAGUGUCCCGAACGCCAGAACCACGCACGGGCUUGAGAGCUUCCAUGAGCCCACAGCCUGGUAGAAGAGUAUCUCCAAAGUCUCGGUCGGUCUCUCCACAAGCAACGGCUCCUAAACGACCUGCCCCCUUGUCUGCUUCCCCAUCUCCCACUCGCUCUGCCAGUGCUUCUCCUCCUCCAGCUAAGAAGCCCAGCAGCGGCUCUGGAAGUCAAUCGCCUAACAAGAAUUCAGAUGUGGAAGUUUCUGGGAAGAAGAAGAAAAAGAAGAAGGAGAAGAAACAUAAGAAAGACAAGAAACACAAGAAGCACAAGAAGCAUAAGAAGGAGAAAGCGACGGCUGCUGCAGUGGACGGACAAGAAAAUCAAGGUGCAGAGGAGGAAGUCGAUUCACGAAAGGAAUCGGAGAGUGAAGUAGAGGACUGCCUGGAUGACUUGGAGAAACACUUAAGGGAGAAGGCCCUUAAGUCAAUGAGGAAAUCCCAACUUUCUCCACCCCAAACGUCCUGA